GCGCGAAGCUCCGCCCACCCUGCUGUCGCCAGUGACGGCAGCCCUAUCGCUUGUGGAUAGUGAAACAACGCCGCAGUCAGUGAUCUGCAGUGACUAGGUUCAGCCGAGCCUUCACUUGGAUACCAAAGCCACACAUCGCCCCUUAUCCGAGGAUAUUUCCGAUGUGUGUUAUCCAAACAGUUGAAUAGAGGGUCCCUCACAUCCCACCUGCAGUCAUGAAUGGUGGUUUUAAUAUUUGGGCUAUAACUCCAGAAGAGAGGGGGAAAUAUGACAAACAAUUUGACUCUCUGGCUCCCACUUUGGGCUUUUUGUCAGGAGAUCAAGCACGAAUGUUCUUCCUGCAAUCUGGUCUCCCCACAGCGGUCCUAGCAGACGUCUGGGCAUUGGCAGACAUAGGAAAAGAUGGGAAGAUAGACAGAUUGGAGUUCUCCAUUGCAAUGAAACUAAUUAAACUGCAGCUGCAGGGUCAACCCCUCCCGUCCAGCCUGCCAAUCAUCAUGAAGCAGACGCCUACCCCUUCUAUGACAUCAUCAACACGCUUUGGUAUGGGUUCCAUGCCAAAUCUGUCUGCCAUGUCAGUGAUGCCCAUCCUAACUGCCAUCCCUGCAGCCCCUGCUAUGACCCCUUUGGUACCUGUGCCUGCACUGAUGUCAGGACCAUUGGCUCAGAUGCCCAACUCUCUCAGUGUGCAAGCUUUACCUAACGGCAAUGCAGCUUUCUUCACACCAACACCAGCAUUCCCAGUCUCCAGUGGUUUGAGUAAAUCUCACUCACUCUUGGACCUUGGCUCUAGCAGUUCUAACUCUUCCUCCACCACUUCCCUUGCGAGUAACUCCCCCAAAAUGAAUGCAUCUGAUUGGGCGGUGCCUCAGUUGUCCCGUCUGAAAUACCGGCAGCAGUUCAACAGUCUAGACAAGCUGAUGAGCGGAUACCUGUCAGGUCCCCAGGUCAGGAAUGCCCUCACAACAUCUAACCUCACGCAAACACAGCUUUCUACCAUAUGGGCUCUUGCUGAUGUAGAUCGUGAUGGGCAGUUGAGAGCAGAAGAGUUUAUUCUAGCAAUGCACCUGGUUGAUAUGGCCAAGACUGGGCGGCCCUUACCUCUGACUCUACCUCUAGACCUUGUGCCGCCUUCACUCAGACAAGCGAAAUCAUGUGACCUCCUGAACGGACCUGUUCCUCUGAUUAACACUGAGCUGAUUGAGCCAGAACAACCACAGAGAAGCAAGACGUCAUUUGAGGAUAAACUAAAGGAGAAUUUCCAUAGAGGAAAUGCAGAGCUGGAAAAGCGACGUCUGGCUCUGCAGGAGGAACAAAAGAGAGAGGAGGAGAGGAGGAGAGAAGAGGCAAGACGAGAGGAGGAGAGGAGACGACAGAAGGAGAUGGAGGAAAGAGAACGAAAAGAGAGAGAAGCCCGGGAGAUGGAGCUGAGGAGACAAAGGGAGGAGGAGAGGAGGAUAGAGAGACAGAAAGAGCUAGAGCGACAGAGAGAAGAAAAAAGACUGAAAGAAUUAGAGCGACGUGAGGCAAUGGAGCGUCAGAGGCGGAUGGAAUGGGAGAAGAGUAAACGAGUGGAGCUUCAGACACAGAGAGAAAAAGAGCAGAGCGACAUACAGAGACUUAAGGACAGGAAGAGGAGUCUCGAGAUGGAGCUGGAGGCGGUGGGUAACAAGCAUAAGCAGAUCUCCGAUAGGCUGCGGGAUGCCAAGAGUAAGAGGCAGAUCCAGAGGGCCGAGCUGGACCUGAUCAAUCAGAAGAGAGAUAGUCGUAUUACAGAUAUCAACUCCCUACAGUUACAGUUUGAGGAAAUUCAGAGGCAGAUGAGUCGUUUUGGUCCUGAGAAGCAGCGACUGACAGAGAGACUUCUACAUCUUACCCAAAACAACUCAAGUCCUUUGAUAAAUGACGUGAAACAGAGUUUGUGCGAGAAAGAUCUGAGCUGUCGGAAGCUGAAGGAGCAGCUGGAUGUUUUAGAGAGAGAGACCACUGCGAAACUCUCACAAAUGGAGCAUUACAACAGAGAAAUCAAGUUUGUAGAAGUGGAUGACUGUGUGCUUCAAGGACUUCUCUCUUUGCUGAGCUGCUUAACCAAUCUCUUCCUUCUAAUAAAGGAGUUGAGACAGAGGCAGAGCCAGCAGCAGGACGUCCUAGAACAGCUUAGGAGGGUGAGGUCUGAGAAACUCAAAGAGCUACAGAGACACAGGAAAGAAGAGGAGGAAAGGAAGAGGAAGAAAGAGGAGGAAGAGAGGAAGAGGAAGAAAGAGGAGGAGGAGAGGAAGAGGAAGAAAGAGGAGGAGGAGAGGAAGAGGAAGAAAGAGGAGGAGGAGAGGAAGAGGGAGGAAGAGAGGAAGAGGAAGGAAGAGGAGGAGGCUGCCAGACAGGCGAAGCUGGAGCAGGAGGAAGUGGAGCGUCAGAGGAAGUUUGCCCAGGAGCGAGAAGCCAAACUCAGGGAAGAACAGCGACGCCAAGCCGAAGCCCAACUUCAGGAAGCCCAGGAGCAGGCACGGGAGAAAGAGAAGAAGAGGAGUGCUGAGGAGAGAGAUAGGGAAGAGAGAGAAAUCAAUGAACUGGCUGUACACUCUCAGCCCUCCAUGACAUACAAUAGCACAGAGAACAACAGCUUGCUGCCAGCGGUGACUAUUCAAGACACAUGUCCUCACCUCACCACCUACAGAGCUCUCUAUCCCUUCACAGCACGCAACUCUGAGGAGCUCACACUGGAGGCAGACUGUCUGAUCGAGGUGGAUGAAUCAAUAGAUGAAUCAACAGUUAGGGAGACCGGCUGGCUGUAUGGGAGUUACUGUGGUAACAGUGGCUGGUUCCCAGAGAGUUAUGCUGAGAGAUGUUGUAAAGACAGUGAGACUGAGCAGACCGCAGCUGUUACACACUCCACAGCGCCCUCCACCAACUACCCUGGAAUUCCUCGAGUGGACAUUGAAGGACCAACUCCAACACACACACCAGUGUCUUCAAACACACAGCACACACAGGCUGUAGCUCUGUGUGAGUGGAGCGCUAAGACUGAGAGUCACCUGGGCUUCUCUAAAGAUGACAUCAUCACGGUUCUGGAGAAGCAGGACAACUGGAUCUACGGAGAGCUCAAUAAGAGCCGGGGCUGGUUCCCUUGCUCACAUGUCUCCAUGCUUACCACCAAUAACACACAGAAUGAGCCGUUAUAUUCUACGGUGGAUGAGAUUGAACUUUCAGAUUCUGGUCUGUUUGAGGAGUAUGUCGCUCUGUACACAUACGAGAGUCCGGAAUCAGGUGACCUGACAUUCUGUGCAGAGGAUGUUGUCCUGGUCACCGAGAGGGAAGGAGAAUGGUGGAGAGGGUGCAUCGGUGACCAGUCUGGCCUCUUUCCUUCCAACUACGUUAAACCCAAAGAGCCUGAUACUGCCAAUCUUGGAGUUCCCGGUAAAAAGCCAGAGAUUGCUCAGGUGUGUUCGACCAAUGCUGCCACAACACCAGAACAACUGAGUCUGACACCUGGUCAGCUGAUCGUGGUGCUGCAUAAGAACUCAAACAGCUGGUGGCUGGGUGAACUACAGGCACGGGGUAAAAAGCGUAAAAAGGGCUGGUUCCACUCCUCUAAUGUCAGAUUACUGGAGGCCAACAGCGGCAAAAUAACUCCUGCAUCUCAGCUAUUGUGUCAGGUUAUUGCAAUGUAUGACUACAAAGCAGCCAAUAAGGAUGAGAUGAGCUUUCAAAAAGGUCAGCUGAUCACCGUAUUCAACAAGGACAACUCUGACUGGUGGAAAGGAGAGGUCGCCGGGGUCGUAGGGCUGUUUCCAACUAAUUAUGUGAAGAUGACCACAGAAUGUGAUCCCAGCCAGCAGUGGUGUGCUGAUCUGCUCAGUUUAGAGUCUAUGUGCACUGAAGAGAGGAAGAGGCAAGGCUAUAUCCAUGAGCUCAUUCAGACGGAGGAGACCUAUCUGGAGGACCUGGAACUGGCACUGGAGGUUUUCUAUAAACCAAUGGCAGAGUCAGGGAGGCUGACAGAGGCUGAGAUGAGCUUGAUCUUUGUGAACUGGCGGGAACUGAUCAUGUGCAGCACCAAACUCCUAAAAGCUCUGCGUGUCCGUAAGAAGAUGGCUGGAGAGCGGAUGCCGGUGCAGGUGGUGGGUGAUAUCCUGUCUUCAGAGCUCUCUCACAUGCAGGCCUAUAUUCGCUUCUGCAGCUGCCAGCUCAAUGCUGCGGCUCUGCUGCAACAGAAAACAGACAAAUCAGCUGACUUCAAACUCUUCCUGAAGAAAAUUGCCAGUAAUUAUCGCUGUAAAGGAAUGCCACUGUCCAGCUUCCUCCUGAAACCCAUGCAGAGAAUCACACGCUACCCACUGCUGAUCAAGAACAUUCUGGAGAAUACCCCUCCAACUCAUGCAGAUCACGCAAACCUGCAGGCGGCACUGGAGCAGGCCGAGGAGUUGUGCUCACAGGUGAACGAGGGCGUGAGGGAGAAAGAAAACUCUGACCGGCUGGAAUGGAUCCAGAACCAUGUGCUGUGUGAUGGAAUCAUUGAGCACCUCGUUUUUAACUCUCUGACGAAUUGCCUGGGCCCUCGAAAGCUGCUGCACAGCGGCAAACUACAUAAGACCAAGAGCAGCAAGGAGCUUUGGGCCUUCCUGUUUAACGACUUCCUGCUCCUCACCAACACCUCAAAACAGUUCUCAUCUGGGCCUGACAGACUCUUCAAUCCGAACUCAAAUGCACAGUACAAGAUGUAUAAAACGCCAGUGUUUCUGAAUGAGGUCUUAGUUAAAAUGCCCUCUGACCCUUCCAGUGAUGAUCCAGUUUUUCACAUCUCACACAUUGACUGUGUUUACACUCUCAAGGCUGACACCAUUAAUGAGAGGACUGCAUGGGUGCAGAAGAUCAAAGCAGCAUCUGAACACUUCAUAGAGACUGAGAAGCUGAAAAGAGAGAAGGCAUACCAAGCUCGCUCGCAGAAGAACAGUGGAAUCGGGCGACUGUUAGUAACGGUCCUGGAGGCCACAGAGUUGAAGCCCUGCAAACCAAAUGGAAAAAGUAACCCAUACUGUGAGCUAACCAUGGGCGCGCAGUGCUACUCGUCCCGCCAUCAGCCUGACACGCUCAACCCCAAAUGGAACUUCAACUGCCACUUUUUCAUCAAAGACCUGUAUCAGGACGUCCUGUGCCUCACCAUCUUUGAGAGGGACCAGUUCUCUCCCGACGAUUUUCUUGGUCGUACUGAAGUUCCUAUAGCGACAAUAAAGAAGGAUCAAGAAGGUAAAGGUCCGUUGGUACAGCGUCUGCUGCUUCAUGAAGUUCCAACUGGAGAGGUCAAAGUGCGGCUUGACCUGCAGCUCUAUGAUGAAACACCUCACCUGUGAACUCCACAUCUGAUUCAUUAGCACUCCAAAAUUAACCAGAUCAUUUAACAGAAGUUUAUAAGUGUUCAUUUUUAAAAGUAUAUUGGAAUGACCCUGUACACCUUUGAAAAAAGGUGAACU